GAAACUCCAACCACAACAAUUGCUCCAACUACAACUGCAGCACCACUGACAACAAUCACUUCAACAACAAGUGCAGCUCCAAUCACAACAUCUGCUCCAACUACAACUGCAGCAGCACACACAACAAUUGCUCCAGCUACAAGUGCAGCACCACUGACAACCAUUGCCUCAACAAGUGCAGGUCAAAUCAAAACAACUGCUCCAACUACAACUGCAGCUGCACAGACAACAAUUGCUCCAGCUACAAGUCCAGCUCCAAUCACAACAACUCCUCCAACUGCAACUGCAGCAGCACCCACAACCAUAGCUAAAACGACAAGUGCAGCACCACCAACAACAACUGCCCACACAUCAAUUGAAGCUCCAACCACAACAAUUGCUCAAGGUACAAGUGCAGCACCACUGACAACAAUCACUUCAACAACAAGUGCAGCUCCAAUCACAACAACUGUUCCAACUUCAACUGCCGCUGCACCCACCACCAUUGCUAAAACGACAAGUGCCGCACCACCAACAACAACUGCCCGGAUGACAAGUGAAGCUCCAACCUCAACAAGUGCAGUUCCAACCUCAACAGGUAUUCCACCAAGAAGUAAAGCUCCAACCACGACAAAUGCUCACACUACAACUGCAGCAGAAUACACAACCACUGCUCCAGCUACAAGUGCAGCACCACCACCAACAACAGCCCAGACGACAAGUGAACCUCCAACCCCAACAAGAGCUCACACAAUGACUGCAGCAGCACACACAACAAUUGCUCCAGGUACAAGUGCAGCACCAAUGACAACAAUUGCCCCAACAAUAGGUGCAGCUCCAAUCACAACAACUGUUCCAACUACAACUGCCGCUGCACCCACAACCAUUGCUAAAACGACAAGUGCCGCACCAGCAACAACAGCUGCCCAGACAACAAGUGAAGCUCCAACCCCAACAACUGCAAGUGCAACCCCAUCAACAACAAUUGGCCCAACAACAAGAGCAACUCCAACCCCAACAAUUGAAGAAACUACAAGUGAAGCUCCAACCACAACAAUUUCUCACACUAAAACUGCAGCAGCACACACAACAAUUGCUCCAGCUAUCAGUGCAGCACCACUGACAACCAUUGCCUCAACAAGUGCAGGUCAAAUCAAAACAACUGCUCCAACUACAACUGCAGCAGCACACACAACAAUUGCUCCAGGUACAAGUGCCGCACCACUGACAACAAUUUCCCCAACAACAAGUGCAGCACCACCACCAACAGCAGCUCAGACGGCAAGUGAAGCUCCAACCCCAACAACUGCAAGUGUAACCCCAUCAACAACAAUUGGCCCAACAACAAGAGCACCUCCAACCCCAACAAUUGAAGAAACUACAAGCGAAGCCCCAGGCACAACAAGUGGUCCAAAAACAAGUGCCGUUCCAGCCACAACAGGUUCUCCACCUACAAGUGCAGCUCCAAUCACAACAUCUGCUCCAACUACAACUGCAGCAGCACCCACAACCAUAGCUAAAACAACAAGUGCAGCACCGCCACCAACAGCAGCUCAGACGGCAAGUGAAGCUCCAACCCCAACAAGAGCUCACACAAUGACUGCAGCAGCACACACAACAAUUUCUCCAGGUACAAGUGCAGCACCAAUGACAACAAUUGCCCCAACAAUAGGUGCAGCUCCAAUCACAACAACUGUUCCAACUACAACUACCACUGCACCCACAACCAUUGCUAAAACGACAAGUGUCGCACCACCAGAAACAACUGCCCACACAACAAUUGAAGCUCCUACCACAACAGUUGCUCCAAUUGCAAGUGCAAUCCCAUCAACAACAAUUGGCCCAACAACAAGAGCACCUCCAACCCCAGCAAUUGAAGAAACUACUAGUCCAACUCCAGGCACAACAAUUACAGUUUCAGCCACAACAGGUUCUCCACCUACAAGUGAAGCUCCAACCACAACAAUUGCUCCAACUACAACUGCAGCAGCACACACAACAACUGCUCCAACUACAACUGCAGCUGCAUCGACAACCAUUGCUAAAACGACAAGUGCCGCACCACCAACAACAACUGCCCAGACAACAAGUGAAGCUCCAACCUCAACAAGAGCUCACACAAUGACUGCAUCAGCACACACAAACAUUGCUCCAGUUACAAGUGCAGCACAACUGACAACAAUUGCCCCAACUACACCUACAGCAGCUCGAAUCACAACCAUUGCUAAAACGACAACUGCAGCAGCACACACAACAACUGUUCCAACUACAACUGCAGCAGCACCCACAAACAUUGCUAAAAUUACAACUGCUGCACCGCCAACAACAGCCCAGACUACAAGUGAAGCACCAACCCCAACAAGUGCUCAAUCAACUACAUCAGCACAGACAACAAUUGCUCCAGCUACAAGUGCAGCAGCACCCACAACCUGCAGCACCGCUGACAAUUUUCCCAACAACAAAUGCAGCUCCAGUCACAACGACUGCUUCAACUACAAGUGCAGCACCACUGACAACAAUUGCUCCAGCUACAAGUGCAGCACCAUUGACAAUAAUUGCCCCAACAACAAGUGCAACUCCUACAACAACAAAUGUAGCUCCAGCCACAACAGGAUCUCCACAUACAAAAAGUACACCAACUACAAGUGCAGCACCACCAACAACAAUUACUCAAACUCCAGGUGUUGCCCUACUCACAACAACUAUUCCAAGUACAAGUGUAGCACCACCCAAAACAAUUUCUCCAACUACAACCAUGUCAAUGCUUUUAUUUUCAUCCGACUUGUGUUCCACACCAUGAAACCCGUCCCGUGUGAGUGUGAGAUUAUACCCCUGGUCAGCACUCUCUUGAAUGGUCAUGAAAGUCACUCGAUUGAUCCAGUGAAGUUCCAAAAAGUGCUUUUGAGAGUGAAAACAAAACCAGCAGACCUGUGGCUCUCCAGGACCAGGGUUGGAGACCACUGCACCAGCACCACACAGGCAUGCCACGGUCUGGCCCCACCGCAGCCCCCCACCACAAGGGGCCCUGUCCUGCAGCUGAUCACAAGUACAGCAGGCAGGUUCCUGGAUGGGCCCUGGCAUCAUCAUCCCCUGCAGUAUCAUCAUCCUCCCCCUCCUUCUGGAUCUUCCUGGUGUCAGCUGUGUGGUUGCUGUGCGGCUUAGAGACGUUGGCACAGGAGGCAGCCUACCAACAUUCAGCAGUACAGGACGCAUCUCAUAUGAGAGGGUGGAGCUCUGAGCAUUAGCUGGAAUCUGAAAACCUGUAAAGCUUUAUCAUGACUAUUGUUUUAUUAUGAAUGUUCGUCCAGCACAUACUGUAAAUAGCAACUGUAUGGCUGAACAAUGUAAUACUUCUCUGAGAAAUCCAUGUAAUGAGAUCAAAGGGGAAAUAGCAAAAAAUUCACAUUUAUUAAUUUAGCUAUUCUGUCAUGCUUCAUUUCAUAUGUAUUGUUUAUUUCAAGGCAUUUUUGUAAUUUGGAAAGGUUGAAAACAAAUAUAUUGCUUAGCAAAACAAAUCA